AUGAAGCUCAUAACCCACAACAUGCUGUCCUGCCCCAUCAAGGGCGUAAAGAACGGGUUCCCCUUCCGCAUAGAGGUCGGGGAGGUGGCCACUCGGGAAGCAGACUUCGACCCGACCUUUUUGCGCCACAUCCUCCCCCGCAUCGAGUACGGGGCGCUGCGUGCUGCCGCCGCUUCCCUAGGCUUUGCCGAUCUCCCAGAGACCGUACCAGAGGGGGCCACGGAGGACGACGCCUUCCUGCAAGCCUUGCACCAUGCGCUGCUGGAGCUGCACCUGGAGGAGGGCGCCCUGGUCUGCCCCGAGACGGGGCGCCGCUUCCUUGUUAACAAGGGCAUCCCGAACCUCUUGCUGCACGAGGAUGAGUGCUGA